AUGACUGAUUUCGAGGCCAAAGGACAAGCAUUCUGGCAAUGGCUUGAAAAGAAUGGGGCAACUUUAUCGAAUGGGAUUGGAUUCAAGGACUAUCGAUCCGAGGGAGCAGGACGAGGUGUUGUGGCGACAAGGGAUAUCAAGGAAGAUGAAGAGCUGUUUUCUAUUCCAAGGCCCCUGUUGUUAUCUGUGGAGACAUCCAAGCUGCGUGAUGCAUUGACAGGAGAUGAUGUACUCGACAAAAUGACAGGCUGGAGUCCCCUUAUCUUGUGCCUGAUGUAUGAGAGCCAACGUGAUGAUUCAUUCUGGAAACCUUAUUUCGAUGUUUUACCCAAGGACUUUUCUACUCCCAUGUUUUGGUCAUCGGAUGAUAUCAAGGAAUUGGAAGGAACAGACAUUGUUGAAAAAAUCGGCAAAAAGGAAGCGGAUGAGAUUUUUAGUCAAGAGAUUGAACCUGUGAUCAAGAACCAUCCAAAUUUGUUUGAUCCUGCUGUGCACAACCUUGACUUGUUUCAUCGAUGCGGCUCGUUGAUCAUGGCCUAUAGUUUUCAUGAUGAAAAGGAUGGCGAGGAUGAGGAGAAUGCUGAUACCGACAAGGAGGAUGAGGAGGAUGAGGAUGAAGAAGCACCACCCAAGGAAUUGCUUGCAAUGGUGCCAAUGGCUGAUAUGCUCAAUCACAAGACUGGAUACAACAACGCACGCUUAUUUCAUGAAUCCGAUUGUUUACGCAUGAAGGCCAUCAAGGACAUUAGAGAGGGUGAACAAAUUUACAACACAUAUGGCGACUUAUGCAAUGCAGACCUGCUUCGGAAAUAUGGAUUUGCAGAUGAAAACAACCCCUUUGACCUUUGCGAGUUGAAUGGUGGCCAAGUGAUUGACAUGUUUGCCAAAGAUGACAAGCUCCGAGACAAAAAGAUUGAGUUCUUGAUGGAGGAGGAGGCAUUGGAUGAUUGCUUUGUGGUUGAUACGGAUCAUGUGUUACCUGAUGAGCUUGUUAGCACACUGCAUGUGCUGCGCGCGUCGGCUGGCGAGUUUAAGCAAAUGGAACGCAAACAAAAGCUGCCUAAAGCACAGGUCACUGCACCCGUGAUUGACAUGGCUAUCGACAUAUUGCAAGCACGACUGAAACGGUAUCCGACGUCAUUGGAUGCCGACAUGACUGAACUGCAACAAAACUGCAACACCAACAAGCGCCAUGCACUCCUUGUCCGUAUCGGCGAAAAGCAAAUUAUCCACAACACCAUUGAUAAGCUGCAACAAGAACAAGGCAAACGUAGCAAUGAUGAUGAUGGUGGUAGCGAAUCCACAAACAAACGACAAAAGACAGCAUGA